GACGAUGGUCAAAGAUCCAAUAACUGGUAAGAAAGUGCCAAGAGAAGUCGCCAUUGAACGUGGCAUCAUUCCAAUGGACGAUAACGCAACUUCACCAAUUAUUGAAUCUGUGAGUGGUACGUCUGAUGAAAAUGAAAAAGUUAUUGUGAAACAUGUAUACGAUGAACCUGGAAAAGUUCAUGUAUCGAAAGAGGACGUUACAAAUAUAACUUUGAUUGAUUUGUCGAAAUCCGCCAAUGACGUUACGGAUGGCGAGAGUUUAGGCACGAAGACCAGAGCGCGAGUGACGGUCGAGCCGAGGUAUCAAGUUACGAUUGGUAAAGCGAAAACACUAUCACAAAGUCCGGAACAAGAAGCGAAACCUAUCGUUCUGCAGAAGAUGCGAAAGAGGAUAGUAAACGUCAAGGAGGCGUUGCAAAGUGGUUUCAUCGACAUGGAAACAGCAGAUACCUUCGCUAAGAAAAUGUGUAAUGAGAAAGGGGAUCCGAUCACUCUUUCUGAAGCAAUCCGUGACAAUCGAAUAGACGCCAAUCAAGGUCAGAUCGUGGAUCCACAAAGGGGCGAUGUGCUUAGUAUCAAGCAGGCUAUUGAUCGUGGAAUCCUUGAUUCAGAGAGCGCGCAUAUAUUAGUACCUUUGGCGAAAAGCUUGUCCGUUCCCAGUUUGUAUACGCAAGGUUUGCUAGAUCCUGUAGAGGGUAAAAUCGUUCAUCCAGAAACAGGCGUGCAUCUCACUCUCAACGAGGCUAUAGUAUGCGAGAUAGUAGAUCCUCUAUCUAACUUGAUGUUCACUGUUGAUGGCCAUACGGAAACGUUGCAGUCCGCCAUUGCGAACGAUACUGUCGAUGCAGAGAGAUUGUUGGUCAAAACGCAGAGCGGUAGCGUAGAUCUGGUGAAUGCGAUAGAGAACAAAGUACUUGAGUUAAAGGGACCGACUAAAUCUUCCAACAUACCGCCGGCGGGAAUGACGUUCCCCGUUGCAUUAAAACGUGGAUUGAUAGACAUCAGCAAGAAAGAAAUACGUCACCCAAUUACCGGAGAGCAUUUACCACUGGAGGACGCUAUAAAGACAGAUUUUAUCAUGGCAUUACCAUAUCCAGUGACUCCUGAUAGUAUCGAAAUAACGAAGGCUUUAGAAUCAGGAUUGAUUGACAGGGACAAGGCUACAUUCUUUCAUCCUACUACGAGAACUCCGAUUCCAAUUGCCGAAGCUGUCGAGUCUGGUCUACUCAUCAUCAAAUCGCCUCGUGAUGAAAACACAGCUGCCAUUACUGAAACAGUUACAUCGUACCACACUAUUACGACCAAGACUGUUGAGCUUUUGCCAGGUUAUGCGCUGAAGAACCCAACGGAAGUACAAGAUAUUAAUACCAAUAAUGUCAUUACUAUUGAAGAGGCACGACAAAGAGGUAUCAUUAAGGAUGUAUCUGAAACUAAACAGGAAUUCACGACGAAAGAUAUCAAGAUGUCCUUUAAUCACGCAGUGGAAAAAGGAUUCGUAGAUAUGGAAAAGGGAAUUUAUACUGAUCCUUGCACCGGUAUCAUAAUGCCUAUUGCUAAAGCCGUUGAGGAAGGAAUCCUCGAUACUUCAUCUAGUAAGAGUAAAUCCGUAACACCCAGAAAAUCUCCCAAUAACAGUUUGACUGUGUUAGAAGCGGUCGAGCAAAUUUACGAUGAAAAAACUGAGACAUUUAAAGAUCCCGAGACGAACGAAUCUUACAAUUUGACAGAAGCAAUGAAAGUGGGGCUAAUCGAAUCCGACUCCGUACUUUAUAAUGUGAAAACUAAAGAAUCUAUCACUACCAAAGAGGCACUCGAGAAAGGUUUGCUCGAUCCUGCCACUGGAAAAAUGAAGAUUGCGCGAGAUCAGAAGGAUCAUUCGAUUAGCAUAGCGGAAGCUGCGAAAAUGGGUCUCUUGGCAGUCGUAGCCGCACCAGUCUUGGCUGGAAAAGCAGUUGUUGAUGCAAUUUCAAGUCACAAAUCUAAAGAGUCGAAGCCGAGUGCAUCCGUGACAAAAGUAUCUGUUUCAGCGAAGAAAGAAUCAAGUCCAUCUGCAAAAAUGAUUUCAAGUCAAAUUCAAAUUACCCAGAAAUCUCAUGUUGAUUCUCAAAGUGAAGAUAAAAUGUUGAGCUUGAUGGAAACGCAGAAACCAUUUUCAGAUGCAAGAAUUAUAGAAGAGAUCCAAACUACAGAGAUAGAAAUGGAAGACGAUAGCCAAUUGAGAAGAAUCACGGACGAAGAAAUGCCAAGACCCAUUUCAAUAAUCAUUACGAGAGAAUUAACGCCUCAGGUUCUUGCGGAACUUGGAGUAUUUGAUCCUGUAAGAGAAAAAUUCUUGGAUCCGGAAACUGGUACCAUCUCUUCCUUCAACGAUCUAGUAUUGAACCUAAAAGUCUUCGAUCCAGACCGAGUACUCGUCAAGGAUCUAUCAUCCAAGACGGAUUUGUACGUGAAACUACGCGAGGCAAUCAGCCGACCUCUCGUAGACAGAAACGUCGCUUACAUGGUCGAUCCAAAGACCGGUAAAAAGAUACCUUUCUUCGAGGCGGUACGCUUGGGAUGGAUCAAGGAGGAAUCGGAAGACGAAACAGAUACAGAACAGUUUGCAGAACCGCAGGCUUUAGACUUGCAAGAAGCUAUCGAUAUUGGCGUGUGCAAUCCCAUCACAGGAACAAUUCAAGAUCCAAAAACGGGACAA